UGGAUGGCCAAGCUGUCAGAGCAACAUAUUCCCAAGACUAUUUGCAGGGGUAUCGGCAGAGAUAUCCGACUGAGUGUCCGAAUCACCGGGUCCCAAGAACGUCGAUUCACAUGGUCCACACCACAAAUCUGAUGAUCCCAUACCACGCUGACUCGGUUUCCUCACAGCUAUCGUUCGCAUUGCGAUAUAUCUGCCUUUUGAUAUUGCCACCAAGAGCUACACCGCUGAGAAUAACAUUACACCGUUCUCACCGAUUAAUCAUGAAGCUGAGGCUGGCUGGAUGAUUUAGGAAAAUGUCAAUUUAAAGGUAAUAAGGCGUAGGGCUAGGGUCUAUUCUAAGCCCAUGGGCGACUCGACAAAGCCAUGAUACCAUUUUGAGGCUUGCAGCGGGAAAAUACAAGCUUGAACCUUGUUGUCGGGGACAUGUACAUGUACGAAUUCGGCUGGUUUAGCGCGCAAACCCCAAGUUUAAGGUUUUCUCCAAGCCAAGUCCUCAUCAGCCGAUGUUUUCACCAUGCGGACUGAAGCGAUAGCGAAAAACUCAAAACUCGAGAACCAAGUCCCCGCUUCAGAUAACUUUUUUAGUGGAGGAUCGUCCCGUUUUGGUGUGACACGACCUUAAAGUUUUCCGGCGCCGCGAGUCAAGAGCAACGUCUUCUGCAGCCGCACCUGCAAGAUCCAUGAAGCGAUGUUGACAUCCCCCCUAUCUUGCCUAUAUUUACCCGUGGCUUCUCUGCCAUUCCACAAAAUAGGCGCAGGAUGCUGGGGACUUUUCGCUUCGCCGGAUGACCGGUAAUUCGGUUUUAAUGGGCUGUGCUUGGCAGCCCAAUGGUGAGGAGGACGAAUGUGCUGUCAUGAUGUCGUUGGCUUUCAGUUCUAAAGACCCCAGCAGCAGCGGUAGGGGCAGUCGACUUUUGCAUUAAUUGUAGAUCUUCUGUAAUACAGAUGUUUGAGGCUGGUCACAUACUGCCACUUAAUCAGGGAUAUGUUGGGUAACGGUCGUGGAGAGGUCUUGUUUUGCAUAAUACCUCCGUUUGUUUGGCAAUUUAUUUACAUUCCUUUCGGGCGGUCAAUGGCAAUGCGCGUGGCGACUUGAAAUUUCCCAUCAUGAGCUACCUGCUUGAUGAGAUCUCCUGGCAUGGUUCGCCACUACUAUCAAAUGCGAGAACUCAAAUGCGAGCACACGCGGCCUCUAGAUGUGAAAGUUCCUCACCCUGAACAAUAAAUUCAAACUCAAUUUAAUAUCAAUGUCGCUUAGUUCAUGCGAGCUGAGAAAUUUGAGUUUGGUUUAUGAAAUAAGACUGCAAAGUGCAAAAGGUUUGAAUAUCGGCUUGAUCCUAUCACCUGAUCCGCAGACAAUUCAAUCCGCUCACACCCGCAUGUGCUUUCAGUCUUUGCACAAGCAAGCUAGAUCGAGAACAUGUAAACAACAUGCGAAGCGAGCUGAACCCGCUAAAGUUAAGCGAAACCCAAAUUUCAUUUGUAAACACGGCUCUGCUGUGUAAUAGCUAAGAAUUGAUAAUCUUGUAUACCAGCUGGCGGUGAUUAUGAUUGAAUAACAGCGCCGUUGCGAUGAUUUUUUGAACGGCGCGGGUUCGUUAGGUUAGGUGCCGGGACAUCGUGACGAAGUGUGGUAGCGAGGAUUGGUAUCUGAACGGGCUAGCAAAUUGACAAUUGGACUGGUGCAAAAGUACAUAACAGAGCGAUUGAUGCUUCAACUUCUACACCUUCCUUCUUUCAUACGAACUUCACAAUACGUUAGAAAUCUUCCACAAUAACCAUUUUCAUAUCUGCUAUCCUCUCGUUAUACCUAUUGCAGGUCCUUCGCGCAAUCAUUUCAUCAGACCUUUUAGGAAACUCCCAGAUCACAAAUCCAAUAUCUUUUUCGGAUUAUUAUCAUCAUAAUCAAAAUGCAUCUCAACAUACUCGUCUCCAGAGCAUUCCUCUGCCUCCUCUCAAGCGCCUCAGUCGUCCUUGCAGGUCCAGGCGGCUACGUCGAACUCGCCAACCUCACACCUUAUGACUGGAAACUCACGUAUACACACAGUUACCACAUGGACUGGAAAUUUCCUCUCACAAUUCCGGCCGGUACCACAAAAGAACAGUACAUUGAAUGGUGGUAUGACCACGGCCCCAAUGGCGACUGUGGCGCUGAAGCUACAUACGAGUUGGUCGAUUCUCCUGAACCCGCUUCGUUUACUGUACAAGCACGGCAGAACAAGGGCAAGAAAAUCGAAAUUCAGUAUGGUGAUGAGCUUUCUUCGAUCGGUAACCCUGUCGGCUCACUCAUCACUCUCGGAUACAAACGUGACGGAAGCGUCUUCUUCGUGCUGGCAGGCAAUGAGACUGGGUCGUAUGUGUCGACCAAUGCUCCUGUCGCGUGGCAGCAAGCUACACUCUCUACCAUCGGAACGAAAUCCUUGCGCGAAAUUUCAAUGCCAGCUAGUCACGAUUCUGGCAUGUCUCAAGUAACGCGACACUACGGUGGCGUUGCCCACAAUACACAGACUCAGUCCGUACAUAUCUACCAACAACUUGUUUACGGGGCAAGAUGGUUUGACAUACGACCUGCUCUACGAAAGGGGAAAUGGUACACCAACCAUCUCUCCAUGGUACCAGGGCUUGGGUACCAAGGUGCAUUUGGUCGAACUAUGGUGGACAUCAUCAAGGAUAUUAAUCGCUUCACAAUUGAGAAUCCUGGAGAGCUCAUUAUCCUGGAGUUGUCGCAUGAGAUGGAUCGCUUUAAGUGGAAGCCGAGACUCACGGAUGAGCAGUGGCAGAUGUUGUAUGUUUUUUUGUAUAAUGGAAUUGAUGAUAUAUGGAUGAUGAACCCAGCAAGUCUGCCGAAUGAUUUGUCAACUGUUCCGAUUGAGACGUUCAUCCAGCCUGGGUCAAAGUCAGUAGUCUUGGUUAGGGUACCAGAUCAUGCUCCUAAUUUCAAUUCAACAAUCCAGAAGAGAGAAUUGGCCAUCGGAGAUCUAUCCACUAGAGAAGCGACUCAAGAAAACAACACCGCAACAGACGAACCUCUAGAUCUCAACGCACCUAGCAUCGUACCAUUUAACUCCACUCUAGACGGCGACAACGACGACACUCCAGAUAUCUCGGAUGACACCAGCUCCAGCUUCAAUACCACUCUCCCCAAGCUCCCGGAGCUCACCUCUCACAAAAAGCCCACAUCCCUAACACCAGCAUUCAUCCCCGCCCGCCGCCUCCCCACUGUAGGAUCCUACUCCGACACCGACCAACCCUCCUACCUUGAAACCGAUCAACUCGCAAAACUCUCCACCGACCGCGUCUCGACCGAAAAUAGCAUGCACCAAAGCACCUGGACCAUUACCCAACGUAUCGGACACAUUCUAGACGUCGGUAAUCCAUCUAAGAGCAUAAUCGCCGAUGCCGUCCCCGCGCAUCGUAAACUCUUCAGCAAGAUCUGGAAGGGUUUGUCGAGCAAGACCUAUCCCAAUUUGAUUGAAGUGGACGAUAUUCAUAAUAACCAGAUCACGGCACUGUGUAUGGCGAUAAAUGAGUAUUUUGGGGUGGGCAGGGAUUUGCAGAGUUCGGCAGCAGCGAAGAGGUUGGCGAAGAGAAGGAUGGUGCCGAUGAUUCGGGGACGGCCUGCUGCUGGACUUGGAGAGAGGAAUGAGUGGGUGGGGAGGAGAAUGGAGUGGUUCAUGAAGGCGGUUUGGUGUUCGUUGAAGAUGGAGGGGAGGCCUUGUUGGAUGGACCAUCCUGGGGUGGAGAAGGUGAAAGGAUCGCUGAGUCGUGUGCUGGAAGUUCCUCCAUCUGAGCUCAAUACUUCUGGAAGGUAAACCAGCAAAGGUAGAACGUCCUCAUAUGAUACACGAACAAGGAUGAGAUGACUGCUCCUGGAAAGACUAGUGGGUCCACUCAGACACCUAUAUACAGGACCACCAAGCCAUGUUGCGAGACAGCAGCAGGAAACCAAUAUAUCCGAAGGGACACUCUAGAACUACCGGCGGAAGACGAACACACGCGGCCAAUCUAGGACAAAUAACGAGAUGUAGAAGCACAACAAGCGAAGCAGGCUAAUCUUGCUACGAAUGUG